AUGGCUAUUUCGCAUGGAAUCAAGACGCUAGGCGUCAUUGGCGCCGGUCAAAUGGGCCUCGGGAUUGCUUUCGUCUCUGCUCUUAGAGCCAAGGUCCCCGUACUCUUGCAUGACCGCUCCCAGACGCAAAUAGACAGUGGUCUGGCCUUGAUGGACAAACUGCUUGCGAAGGACGUUUCCAAGGGCAAGAUCUCACAGGCAGACGCGUCGGAGGCCCGUGAUCUUGUCACGGUUGUAGGGCCUGAUGUGGGAUUGAAAGGAUUUAGGGACGUAGAUAUGGUGGUUGAGGCAGUUUCGGAAGCGUUCCCUGUCAAGCAGGCCAUCUUCUCGGCGCUUCCCAACGAAGUAUCGCCCAAUACCAUCUUGGCCAGCAACACGUCCUCCAUAUCUAUCACUAAGAUAGCUUCGGCAGCUAUUCCCAAAGGCGUAUCACCAACAAGCGCGGAAGGAUUGCAAACUGCAUCUCGCGUUGUCGGUCUUCACUACUUCAACCCUGUACCAGUCAUGAAACUUGUAGAGCUCAUCUCUGGCUUGCAAACUGCACCAGAGACGCUUGAGCGCGCCCGCGCAUUCGCCGUCGCAUGUGGCAAGACGGUCACAGAAUCGAAGGAUGUUCCCGGUUUCGUGAGCAACGCGCUCCUCAUGCCCUUCAUCAAUGAGGCUAUCAUGCACCUUGAGAAGGGCAUCGCAACACGAGAUGACAUCGAUACGACGCUAAAGCUUGGCAUGGCGCAUCCUAUGGGACCUCUACAGCUCGCAGACUUUAUUGGUCUCGACACUUGCCUCGCGAUCCAGCAAACGUUGUACGAGGGUACUGGGGACUCCAAGUAUCGUCCAUCGGUUCUUCUCGAGCGCAUGGUCGAUGCAGGAUGGUACGGGAAGAAGAACGGCAAGGGCUUCUAUGAAUACACAUCAUGA